AAAUAUUUUUAUAAGUGCGCAACUAGUUGUUGCACUAAACCUUAAGAAAUUUUAUUAGACUUGGAAAUAGUUAAAGGAAGUGAUUAUUAUGUAAACGGGAACCGGUGCCAAUUGCAAAACAGCAGCAACAGUUUAGAACAGAUUAAUACGUAGAACAAAUAGCAUAAUUAUUGCACGACAUAGUUUUAAAGCUUUAAAACCUGCAAACCGUUUUUUUAUAAACCGUAAAAAACGAAGAUGGUUCGUCUUCACGUUAAACACGGAGAACAAAGUCAAUUUUUGUACGACACAACUGUCCAGGUCGAUGUAUCUGUAUUAGUUGAUGAACUUUUACAUCUUUAUAAUGGAAGGCUGAAAAUUGAGAGGAUUUGCUCAGAAAUGGAAUAUCUAGCAAAACAUGGAACUCUUCUUCCUUAUAACAUGCAGGGUUUAACGGAUGAACAAAUUAUUGAAUUAAAACUUAAGGAUGAAUGGGCAGAGAGAUGCAUACCAAGUGGUGGAGCUACUUUUUGUAAAGAUGAUAUAGGACGAAGAAAUGGACAAGCUCCAAGUACAAAGAUGGCGGAAGUUCUCAUUAAAACGAUAAAUGAAGCUAAAGCUAAUAUCAACAAAAAACUUGUUGAUGCAAACUCUGUAAUGACAAAAGAAAUAAUCAAAGACACUUUAAAUGAAUUACGGGGGGCCGUUACCAUCGUUUAUCCCAUGGGACUUCCCCCUCAUGACCCAAUAAAGAUGGAGUUUGAUGGAGAGGAGGAUUUAUCAGGAACACAAGCGUCACUAAGUGUAAUACCGGCUGACCAAGGAUCUUUAUGGUGGGCGGCAAAAGAGAUGCAGCUUAAUAAGAAGUUGUCCGAUUAUGUUGGAAAGAAUGAGAAAACGAAGAUUGUGGUGAAGUUGCAGAAGAGAGGGACCGGUCCUCCUGGAAGAGAGCCCGUGGUAACUGAAGAUGAGAAAAAGCAAAUGAUGCUUCAAGCUUAUCGACGACAGGAGGAUCUGAAGAAACUACAAGAGGUUGAAGAUGACAAUCAUCUUAACUCACAAUGGGCUGAUAGUAACAUGUUAAAGCGACAGUUUCAAGGGCUAAACAACAUUUCCUGGAGACCUGGCAAGAAUAUGUGAAUAAGUAAUCACCUAAACUUCAAGCCAUGUAUUCACAUUUGCAUUUUUUUAGCGUCUGAGAAGGAAGUGUCUGCUUUAAUCUAAACGCUUUCACCCAGUGAUUUAAAACAUUUCGUUCCCCUAAAAAAUGAUGAUGGUUUUAAUUUUUAGGUUUAAAAAUAUUCUUUAUUUUAAUAACUUUAUUUCUGUACAAGUUUUUUGCAAGCUAAUUUUUUACCUGAUUCUUGUUUGACUUUCUUGAUAAAAUAAAGUUUUAGACUCUGGUACCUUCAGAUGGUAGGCCUA